AUGAAUGGACCUCUUGAAGCAGAGGAACAGUUGGACCAGGCUCUGCAUGUCCAACGACUGCGUCCAAAACCUGAAGCCCGGCCCCGGGGUGGUCUGGUCCCCCUGGCUGAUGUCUCGGGCUGCUGUACCCUGCGCAGCCGCAGUCCCUCAGACCCCGCUGCCUACUUCUGCAUUUACACCUACCCCCGGGGCCGGCGUGGAGCCCGGCACAGAGCCACACGUACCUUCCGGGCCGAUGGGGCAACUGCCUAUGAGGAGAACCGCACCGAGGCCCUACGCUGGGCCACCACCCUCACGUGCCUGCUUCGUGGACUGCCACUGCCUGGGGAUGGGGAAAUCAGCCCUGAACUGCUGCCCAGGUCACCCCGCUUACUCCUAUUGGUCAAUCCCUUUGGGGGGCGCGGCUUAGCCUGGCAGUGGUGUAAGAACCACGUGCUGCCCAUGAUCUCAGAAGCAGGGCUGUCCUUCAACCUCAUACAGACAGAGCGGCCGAACCAUGCCAGGGAGCUGGUCCAGGGGCUGAGCCUAAGCGAGUGGGACGGCAUCGUCACGCUCUCCGGAGACGGGCUGCUCUAUGAGGUGCUGAAUGGGCUCCUGGAUCGCCCUGACUGGGAGGAAGCUGUGAAGACACCUGUGGGCAUCCUCCCAUGCGGCUCAGGCAACGCACUGGCCGGAGCAGUGAACCAGCAUGGGGGGUUUGCGCCAGCCCUGGGCCUCGACCUUCUGCUCAACUGUUCACUGCUGCUCUGCCGGGGUGGUGGCCGUCCACUGGACCUGCUCUCCGUGACGUUGGCCUCAGGCUCCCGUUGUUUCUCCUUUCUGUCCGUGGCCUGGGGCUUUGUGUCUGAUGUAGACAUCCAAAGUGAACGCUUCCGGGCCUUUGGCAGUGCCCGCUUCACUCUGGGCACGGUACUGGGCCUCGCCACGCUGCACACCUACCGAGGACGUCUCUCCUAUCUGCCUGCCACUGGGGAACCCACCUCACCCAGGCCCACACCUGCACAUGGCCUGCCCCGGGCCAAGUCGGAGCUGACCUUGGCCCCUGAGCCAUCGCUGCCCAUGUCCCACUCACCCCUGCACCGCUCUGUUUCUGACCUGCCCCUGCCUCUUCCCCAGUCUGGCUUGACAUCCCCUGGCUCACCUGACCCCCUGCCUACUUUGUCCCUCAAUGGUGGUGGCCCUGAUUUAACCAGGGACUGGGGUGGGGCUGGGGAUGCUCCACUGUCCCCAGACCCACUGCUGCCCUCACCCCCUUCUUCCCCCAGAGGAGCUGUCCCAUCACCCAUUACCAAAGGGGCCCCAGAGGAAAUUCCGGUGCCCACUGAGGCCCCACCUCCCCACCAUGACACUCAGGCAGCUGCCUCAAGCUGCGGCCCACCUGAUCACCUACUGCCGCCUUUAGGCAUGCCUCUGCCCUCUGGUUGGGUGACCAUGGAAGACGAUUUUGUGCUCCUUUUGGCCAUCUCGCCUAGUCACCUGGGUGCUGACAUGGUGGCAGCCCCACACGCUCGCUUUGAUGACGGCCUGGUUCACCUAUGCUGGGUGCGUGGUGGCAUUUCACGGGCCACCCUGUUACGCCUUUUCCUGGCCAUGGAGCGUGGUAGCCACUUUGGCCUCGGCUGUCCACAACUGGGCUAUGCCGCGGCCCAUGCCUUCCGCCUCGAGCCCCUGACGCCCCGCGGCCUGCUAACCGUAGACGGUGAGCUGGUGGAAUAUGGGCCGAUGCAGGCGCAGAUGCACCCCGGACUGGCGACCCUGCUCACGGGACCACCUGGCCUCCCAGGAGGCGUUCCCUGA